CCCGCCCGGUCCGCGGCGGAGGGAACUCCCGCCGAUGAUCCUCCCUUCGCCUGCGCUCACUGCGGGAAGUCCUUCAGGCACCGCGCGUCCUUCGUCCGGCACCGACGGGCGCACUCCGGGCAGAGGUCCUUCCAGUGCCCGCUGUGCGAGAAGGCCUUCAUCCAGAACUCCGACCUGAAGAAGCACACGUGGACCCACUCCGGGGAGCGGCCUUUCCGGUGCCAGGAGUGCCGCAGGGGCUUCGUUCAGAGGUCCGAUCUGGUGAAACACCAACGGACGCACACGGGGGAACGCCCCUACCUGUGCGCGGUCUGCCAGAAGACGUUUGCCGAGCGGUCGGCUCUGUCCAAGCACCAGAAGAUCCACAGCCAAGACAAACCGCACCAGUGCACCGAGUGCGGGAAAGGUUUCAUUCAGAGGUCGAAUCUCGCAUUGCAUCUGAGGAGCCACACGGGGGAGCGGGCGUUUGCGUGCCCUCGGUGCGGCCGGCGCUUCGUACAGAAGUCGGAUCUUCGGAAACACCAGAGAGUCCACGUUGGACAGGAGAUGGGCUCGGCGGGUGGCGCGCCUCUCGCCAUUUCCUACGAAUGUGUGGAGUGCGGUCAGGCCUUCAGCCGGCUGGCGGGGUUCUUAAAGCACAAAAAGCUGCACGGCGACGGGCAGCUCUUUCGGUGCCCGGACUGCGGCGUCGGCUUCCUCCAGAAGUCCACGUUGUUGAGGCAUCGCCGGAGCCGCCACGCCGAGAGGCUCCACCGUUGUGCGCUGUGCCAGAAGAGUUUCCCGCAGAGAAGCGACCUCCAGAAACACCGGAGGACCCACGAGGGUCAGGGGCCGUACCCAUGCCGGCACUGUGCCGAGACCUUCGCGGAGAGGCCCGCUCUGAUUCGACACCUCCGAUGCCACGCGGGGGAAAAGGCGCACCGGUGCGACGUCUGCGAGAGAGCCUUCGUCCAUCGGUCUUCCCUGAACAAGCACAUGAGGAACCACCUGGUGCAAAAGCCUUAUUCCUGCGACCAGUGCCGGAAAAGCUUCAUCCAGAACUCCGACUUGGUCAAACACCAGAGAAUUCACAGCGGCGAGAAACCUUACCACUGCCCCGAAUGCGACAAGAGGUUCACGGAAGGCUCGUCGCUGGCCAAGCACCGCAGGACGCACGCCGGGCGGGGGCCGUACCCUUGUCCGCAUUGCAAGAGGACCUUCAAGCAAAGUCUGGAUUUGGCCAAGCACGCGGAGAUCCAUUCCGCCGACACCCCGCCUGCCGCUACCGCCUUCCACGAGAUCGUCCUCCCGGACCCGGCUGACCCAAACAGCACCGGGCAGAAGAGCUACCGGUGCCCAGAAUGCGCCAAAACGUUCCCCCACCAUACCGGCCUUCACGAGCAUCUCCAAACCCACCAGGCGGAGAAGCCGCACUCGUGCGACCAAUGUCCUAAAAGCUUUUCCCACACCUCCGAUUUGGUGAGACACCUUCGAACCCACGCGGGGGUCCGCCCGCAUCAGUGUGUGGAGUGUAACAAGAGUUUCAUCCAGAGGUCGGACCUGGUGAAGCACCAAAGGAUCCACUCCGGUGAAAGGCCUUUCCAGUGUCCCGAAUGUUACAAGAGCUUCACCGAGGCCUCCACGCUGGCCAAACACCGGAGGAUUCACGGCAGAGUUCAGUCCUACUUGUGCAGCGAGUGUGGGAAAGGCUUCAGCUGCAGCUCCAACCUUCACAGGCACCUGAAGUGGCACAUUGACAAGAAGCAGCGGCAGCAGCAGCCGCCUUCUGAUACCCUGGAAGAGAUUUCCAUCAUCACCGUCGGCCACGAUGAAAAGGUCGGAGAAGAAGCUCCGCCGCUGCCCAUGAAGAACAAAGCGGACGUUGGCAGAGAGCGGCUGUUCCCGUGCAGUGAGUGCGGGAAAAGCUUCGGCCACCGGUCGGUCCUCGUUAAACAUAUGCGGAUUCACACGGGGGAACGUCCGUAUGUGUGCAACGUGUGCGAGAGGGGCUUCAUCCAGAAGUCGGAUCUGGUCAAACAUUACCGCACGCACACGGGAGAGCGGCCCUACAGCUGCGGUGUCUGCGGCCGAACCUUCAUCGAAAAGUCCAGUUUGGCUAAGCACCGGCAGAAGCACCUCGGACCUCCCGGGGCUGACCCGAGGGGAAACGUUCCCCCUGCUCCCUCAAACCAGCAAGUCAUGUAUUGGGGAGAGGCCGAGGAUGACCCUGGGAGUUUAGUACCAAAGUUCCACAUAAUUACACAGGAAGAAGGUUUCGGGGUCACCGGGCCCUUCAGCGCCGGCAGCGGUUCGAAGAACGUCCUCCCGUCUCCGGCAAGACGCAAGGCGGCGGUCGCGGAGGCGAAGGUCCACGCCUGCCCUCAGUGCGAGCAGACGUUCGCCGACGGCUCCGCUUUCCGGGUGCACCGGGCGACGCACAGGGCGCAGCAGCCUCACACUUGCACCGUGUGCGGCAAGGUGGUCAGUCAGCGGUCGGCGCUGGUCAAGCACAUGCGGUCGCACACCGGCGAGAAGCCGUACCGCUGCCCCACCUGCCAGAAGGGAUUCAUCCAGAACUCGGACCUGGCCAAGCACCUCCGGACCCACACCGGGGAGAAGCCGUACAAGUGCGACUCCUGCGACAAGCGGUUCGUCGAUCGCUCGGCGAUGGUCAAGCACUCGAGGACGCACAGCGGGGAGCGGCCCUACAGGUGCGAGGAGUGCGCCAAGGGGUUCGUGCAGAAGUCGGACUUGGCGAAGCACUUGAGGACGCACACGGGGGAGUCCCCCUAUUCCUGCCGCUCGUGCGGGAAGGCGUUCCGGUCGCGCUCCGCUUCCCUCAGGCACCAGCGCCUGUGCAACAUGGCCGCCGAGCAGGACAGCCCCCUGCUCUAUUCUUCGGAGGCGUCCUACGUGGACUGUCCUGCUAUGGACGCCCUGGAGGAGCAUCGGCUCUAA